GAUCGGAGGGGGGGAUGGGAGGAGGAAAUCCCAAGCGCUGACAGGAAUGGGCACCCGUUGACUGUUGGUGGGGAACUGGCCCCUGUUUUAAAGGUCCGAUAAAUGAACAACGAUCCGCCGCCAAGAAACCGGACUCGGUCCUUCCCGGGCUCGCGCGGCUACUGGUAACCUGUGGCUGUAGAUUCCUCCGCGGAAGGCAACUCUGGAUUUUCGUUCUGAAGCCUCUACAAUAUGGACACAGACCUGCAGAAACCGAGCUCUGGGACGACAAGCGAACUGACUUCCUUCAGCGUCUCUACCAGCGUGUUACUUGUUUCUUUUUCUUGAAAGCAUCCUUCAAAGUUCGAUUCACAAUGAGUUCAAGCUUAUGGAGCCAAGAAAAAAUCAUCCCGCCCUAUUGGGAAGAGCGGAUUUUUUUUUUGCUUCUUCAGGAAUGCAGUUUCCUAGAUAAACAAACCCAAAAACUUCUUAAAAUACCAAAGGGGAGUAUAGGGCAAUAUGUGCAAGACCGUUCUUUGGGACAUUCAAGGAUUCCUUCUUCCAAAGGCAAGAAGAUUCAGAUCGGAUUAAAAAUUUUGGAGCAACCACACGUGGUCCUUUUUGUGGAUGAGAAAGACGUGGUCGAAAUCAACGAGAAAUUCACGGAGCUGCUCUUAGCGAUUACCAAUUGUGAAGAAAGGUACAGCCUCUUUAAAAAUCAGAACAGACUGAGUAGAGGGCUUCACAUUGACGUGGGGACAUCUGUGAAAGUACAGCUGAGAUCGGGGGAAGAAAAGUUUUCCGGAAUCGUGCGAUUCAGAGGACCCUUGUUAACCGAGAGAACGCUGUCAGGAAUCUUCUUCGGCGUAGAGUUGCUGAAAGAGGGUCGCGGUCAAGGCUUCACUGAUGGAUUAUAUCAAGGGAAACAGUAUUUUCGGUGUGAUGAAGAUUGCGGCGUAUUUGUUGCUCUGGACAAGUUAGAGAUCCUCGAAGACGAUGACAACGGAUUGGAAAGCGAUUACGCGGCUCCGAUCGAUACCAUGCAGGUCGGCCUCCCCCCUCUGGAAAUAAAUUCCCGAGUUUCUCUGAAGGUCGGAGAAGGAAUGGAGUCAGGAACAGUUAUCUUCUGCGAUUUCUUGCCAGGAAAGGAAAGUUUAGGAUUCUUUGUCGGCGUGGACAUGGAUAAUCCGAUUGGAAACUGGGAUGGACGAUUCAACGGAGAUCAGCUCUGUAGUUUUGCAAGUGUAGAAAGUACACUUCUCCUGCACAUCAAUGAUAUCAUUCCAGAAAGUGUGACCCAAGAAAGAAGACCUCCCAAACUUGCCUUUACGUCAAGAGGUGUUGGGGAUAAAGGGUUAUCCGGUCACAGUAAACCAAAGGCCGCAGGAUCUACCUCAGACCCUGGAAGCAGAAGCAGAUCUGAAUUAUUUUACAACUUAAAUGGAUCUUCGGUUGAUUCCCAACCACAGACCAAGCCCAAAAGUACAUGGUAUAUCGAUGAAGUUGCCGAAGACCCCGCAAAAUCCCUUACAGAAACAUCUCUUGACUUUGGGCAGUGCUCGCCACCUCUGCAACCUACUCCCACCAACUCCCUAACCAAUGAGAACAGAUUUCACUCUUUACCAUUCAGCUUAACCAAGAUGCCCAGCACGAAUGGGAGCAUUGGACACAAUCCCCUCUCUCUGUCCGUCCAGUCGGUAAUCGGGGAGCUAAACACCACGCCCAUCCAAGAGAGCCCCUCCAUGGCCGUGGCCUCCAGCAACGUCCACGGUCUCGAAGUCGGCUCGCUGGCCGAAGUGAAAGAGAACCCUCCGUUCUUCGGUGUGAUCCGCUGGAUCGGGCAGCCACCGGGAUUAAAUGAAGUAUUAGCUGGAUUAGAACUGGAGGACGAAUGUGCGGGUUGCACGGACGGAACGUUUAGGGGCACUCGAUAUUUCACUUGUGCCCUGAAGAAGGCGCUAUUUGUUAAACUCAAGAGCUGCAGACCCGAUUCCAGGUUCGCAUCGCUACAGCCGGUUUCCAACCAGAUCGAGCGCUGCAACUCGUUAGCUUUUGGGGGUUACUUGAGUGAAGUGGUGGAAGAGAAUACCCCUCCGAAAAUGGAGAAAGAGGGGUUAGAGGUCAUGAUUGGCAAGAAGAAAGGUAUCCAGGGUCAUUACAACUCCUGUUACUUGGACUCCACCUUAUUCUGCUUAUUUUCUUUCAGCUCUGUUUUGGACACCGUCUUACUUAGACCUAAAGAAAAGAAUGAUGUGGAAUAUUAUAGCGAAACACAAGAACUGCUGAGGACAGAAAUUGUAAACCCCCUCAGAAUAUAUGGAUAUGUGUGUGCCACAAAAAUAAUGAAACUGAGAAAAAUACUUGAGAAAGUUGAAGCUGCGUCUGGAUUUACCUCUGAGGAAAAAGAUCCGGAAGAAUUCUUAAAUAUCUUGUUUCAUCAUAUCCUAAGGGUAGAGCCAUUGUUAAAAAUAAGGUCAGCUGGCCAGAAGGUACAAGAUUGUUACUUCUAUCAGAUUUUUAUGGAAAAAAAUGAGAAAGUUGGAGUCCCUACCAUCCAACAGUUAUUAGAAUGGUCUUUCAUCAACAGUAGCUUGAAAUUUGCCGAGGCACCAUCUUGUCUGAUCAUUCAGAUGCCUCGAUUUGGAAAAGACUUCAAACUGUUCAAGAAAAUCUUUCCUUCUCUGGAAUUAAAUAUAACAGAUUUACUUGAAGACACUCCCAGGCAGUGUCGUAUAUGUGGAGGGCUUGCCAUGUAUGAAUGCAGAGAAUGCUAUGACGAUCCUGAUAUCUCCGCUGGAAAAAUCAAGCAGUUUUGUAAAACCUGCAACACACAGGUUCACCUUCAUCCCAAGAGGCAGACUCACAAAUUCAACCCCGUGUCGCUUCCCAAAGACCUCCCCGACUGGGACUGGAGACACGGCUGCAUCCCCUGCCAGAAGAUGGAACUGUUUGCAGUUCUCUGCAUAGAAACCAGUCACUACGUCGCUUUCGUCAAGUAUGGGAGGGAUGACUCUGCCUGGCUCUUCUUCGAUAGCAUGGCCGAUCGGGAUGGUGGUCAGAAUGGCUUCAACAUUCCUCAGGUGACCCCGUGCCCAGAAGUAGGAGAAUACCUGAAAAUGUCCGUGGAAGAACUGCAUUCCCUGGACUCCAGAAGAAUCCAAGGAUGUGCCCGGAGGCUGCUCUGUGACGCCUACAUGUGCAUGUAUCAGAGUCCGACGAUGAGUUUGUACAAGUGAACCGGGCCUUCUGGAAAGGGAGACGAAACUGUCUGCGAAAUUUCUACCGUUGCAUUUUAACUUGAGCUGGCAGUUCUGAUCACAUCCAUUGCCGGCAAUGGGUGUCUCGGUGGAGAUAAUUCAGCAGAAAAGGAUUAGUGCAUUUAAGAACACAUGGCAUUUGUGUAACUGAAAUAUUUAAUAAGAAGCAAUUUGCACUCCUGGAAGUAUGUUGUGGUUUUUUUUUUUGGUUUUUUUUUUUUUUUUAAGAAGUCCAACUGAAGUUGUUCAAACCCGAAGCUUUAAGUUAAGUGCAUUGCUCAUAGGAUACUUUUGAAAGGCGAGAGAGAUGUUGUGACAAUUUAAAACCUCCUUAGUCCAUUGAGAUUGUAACACAUACACUAAUGUCUUCAAACUCAGUGCGGACCAAGGAUACUAAAUCGUCAUUUUCUUCCUUUGUAGCUACUGGUUGCCUCGGGAGUAAUUUGGUUUCAAUAUGAGGCUGAUUUUAAUCCAGUUAUCAGAGUUGAUUUCUGCUGUAUUCGUUUUGUUAACCCCUUCCUAUCUAGCGCUGAUUCUGCAUGUCUGCAAUCUGCUGAGGUUCCGUGUUUCUACAGUGGUAGUCAGAUAAAACCUAAGCCCCCUCUUAAAUCGUAUUAAUUUCUGUUCCGUCUGUUUUUCAGAUGAGUGAUUGAUACUGUCAGAAAAUGUCCUUUGUGGUGUAACUUUCCUGGGGGGUUGGGGCAGUGGUAUUUGGCAAAUGAACCUUUUCUUGCGUGUUGGUAGAUAUCAGCUAGCAGACCUAUUUUUUUGUUUUUCCAGACUUUCUAAGCUCUUGUGGAACAGUGCACUUAUGUACAAAAGGAUCGGGAUGACGAGGUGAACCACGAACUAGCCUUCGCGAGCUAGUCCACCGUGAAUCUGUGCUUUAUAUGAAAAUGCAUUUGCGCUCAAUCAUUUGCGAUGACUGAAUUAGUCCAGAGACGUGUUUUGGGCUCUCGUUUUCCAGUGCUCUGGAAAUAUGGCAGAAUGAAAAAGUUUCACAUCCCAGUACAAUAGCCAAGAAAAUAAAUUGGUACUCGCUUACCUGAGUGUAGCAAUGUGUGGAACGGGUACUUCUGAAUCAGAUGUGUUCUCUUUAUUUUUGUAUCCAGUGAAAUCAUGGUGUCGACUGACUUCAUACUGACUUCUGACUAAACUAAUAAAAAAUGGAUGUUUUCUUAGCUAA